AUGGGAUCUGAAGAGGGGAAUGAGACAUAAUAAUUUUUAGUGAAUAGGAAUUCUAAUAUAUAAAAAAUCAAGUAUUAAAUUUAUGUAAAUGAAUAAUAUAUAUUUAGGAUUUGUUUGAAAUAUUAUAAUUGAAGGAUAUUAAAAUAUCAAAUCUAACUAAAGAGUAUAUGGAAGCUAUGCUAUUUAAAUAAAAUACUCAAAUACCUAAAGUUUUUUAAUAGAUUAAUUUAUUUUUUGUGAUAAUGUGUGAAAUUUAUUUAAUAUUAUAAAAUUUAUAUGAAAAAUUACUAUGUAAUAAAUUGACUAAGAUAAAAAGUGUAUCUUAAUUGAAUUAAGAUUAAAUGAUGAAUAAAUGUAAUUAAGAAAAAAUAAUAAUUAAAAAGUAAACUAUAACAAAAGAUUAAAGUUGA